AUGGCAAAAUCAACUAAUUCCCUCCAAAUACUUUCAUGGCUUCUAAUUAUUUGUUCUUUUUUCACCAUAGUAGCUAGUAAAUCAAGUGAUGAAGAGGAAACUAAAUCAAUAAGUUAUGAUCCUCAGCCUCACAAAAAUGGCCUCCUCAAUGUCAUCGAUUCGUGUUGGAGAUGGAAAGGCGAUUGGUCAUCCAAUCGAAAGGCUUUAGCGGAUUGUGCAAUAGGCUUUGGAAGUAGUACCAUAGGUGGUAAAUAUGGUGACAUUUAUAUUGUCACUGACUCUUCUGAUGACCCUAUAAAUCCUAAACCAGGCACACUUAGGUAUGGUGCAAUUCAGUCUGAGCCACUUUGGAUUAUUUUCAGAAGGGACAUGGUACUUACACUUAAAAAUGAACUUAUGGUGAAUAGUUACAAGACUAUAGAUGGCAGAGGAGCAAAAGUAGAAAUCUCUAAUGGUCCAUGUAUCACAUUGGACUAUGUCACAAAUGUUAUUAUUCAUGGGAUUAGUAUCCAUGAUUGUAAGCCUGGUAAAAAGGGCUCUGAUGGUGAUGCUAUAAGUGUGUUUACAUCGUCGAAUGUUUGGAUUGAUCAUUGCUAUCUUGCUCGUGCAACGGAUGGACUACUCGAUGUUAUUCAUGCUUCAACUGCAGUAACCAUUUCCAACAAUUACUUCACUGAGCAUGACAAAGUUAUGUUAUUGGGACACAACGAUGAAUAUACUGCGGACAGAAAAAUGAAAGUCACAGUAGUUUACAACCAUUUUGGCCGCGAAUUAGUUCAAAGAAUGCCAAGGGUUAGGCAUGGGUAUGCUCAUGUGGCCAACAAUUAUUAUGAUCAAUGGUUAAUGUAUGCCAUUGGUGGGAGUGCAGAUCCAACAAUAUUCAGUGAAGGAAAUUAUUUCAUUGCUCCUGACAAAGCUUACAACAAAGAGGUCACCAAGAGGGAGACUGAAGACAAAGGAUGGAAAAGUUGGAAAUGGAGGUCCUCCAAUGAUAUGUUUAUGAAUGGAGCUUAUUUUCUUCCAUCUGGAUAUGGAAGUAUUGCUCCAAAAUACACGAGAGGACAAUCGUUCAUUGUUGCUCACGGAGCAUUUACUCCCUCUUUAACUUCCAAUGCUGGUCCUCUUCAAUGUGUUGUCAAUGAACCUUGCUAAAUGCUGAUAGAAAAUUUCCUUCUUUCCUUUUCUUAUCAUCAGCAUGCCCUGUUAUCUUUGGCAGCA